AUGACACCCAGUGCCGGCCUCAGUCUCAUCCGAAGGCCCAAGUUAGACCCCGACGCCAGUCCUCCCAAGACCGCCAUGGCUGCUUUAAGGCAAGCCAAAACUGCCAAACGUCUUGCAAAUCAGAAUGCCGCAAUUGCAAAAGGCAAUUAUCAGCUUGCAGAUAUACCCUGUGAGGCCUGCAGCAAACGCCAAGAUCGAGACAUUGUUCCAUGCGCUAUCUGUUCCCCCCCACAACAAGGAUCCUGCUUCACCUGCAGUAUGGGUAAGACAACCUGCACAUAUGCAGUAACCAAGAAAAAGGACACUGACAGUAAGGUCGAAGACGAGAUCCAAAAGGGGUUGCAGGAUCUUGAAACAGCCACAGUCUCUGGGGGAGAUGCCCAAGUGAAGAUUGUGAGGAAGAAAGCGAGGUCAAAGAAGCCGCAGGUGAAGAAGGUGAAGCCGGAUGUCAAAGAGAAGGGCAAGCAGGAUGUCGAAAUGGCUGCAGUCGGGCAUGAUGCGGAGCAUGCCAUUGACGUGGACAUGGAGGUUGGUCUGACAAUGGGAAAGGGGAAGUCCGAGGGUGGUAUCGACAUAGAGAUGGCCGAAGUCAAACAUGAGGAAACCGAGGUCGGUGCCAUUCCAAAAGCUGACAAAGACGUGGGCCAGGUGACUCCCACCAUAAUCAUUGAGCCACCCACACCACACACAUCGGCAAUUUUCAAGAGCACUGAGACUGAGGUCGGUACCAACACUGACAAAGGAAAGGGCCGGGAGAUUGGGCCGCCAGCCAGUGAGAUGGAGUGGAUUGUGCCCGAGUUAGCAAUGCAGCCGGAAUUGGGCUUGGCUGUCAAUUAUAUCCAACAAAGCUUUACACCCCCACCUGUUGAGCGCACGUCCCGGCCAGAAGGUUCGCGUUCGGUAUCCCGUUCUCGGCAGGUCAGCCCACCAGAUCCCAAGGAGGUUCAUCUUGACACGGCGCUCUAUCAGAAGAAGAUUGACUUUAGGUCCUUGAGCCCCCCACCGAACUUCGACAUGCAGACGAUGCAGCAGGAGAUCAGAAGACUUGCUCAUGGCCAAGCCGACCUCCUGCAGAAACUCCGAGACCAACAAGCGCAAGUCAGCGUCAUGGAGUCGUCUACCCCUACUAUGCGAGAGUAUUCAGCAUUUGUGGUCCGAAAACAAGAUAUUGAUGCAAGUGCCCUUCUCCCCCUGGCGGUUGACUCACCCAUGACCCUGUCACAACGUCUUUUGGCACUCGAAGAGAUUACCCGGUUUAUUCAAGAUCAAGAUUUGGCUAGCCGUCCUCUCUCGGAGAAAAUUGCAAGUCUAGAGACCUGA